AUGCCUCCCCAUUACCAUUGCAACGCUCAUGCCGGCCUACCUCGAGUUUGGCUGGGUUGGGGCGAGCUAGGCAACCGCAAGGCUCAACUCCAAGCCGAGCAGGACAAAUACUUCAAAGCUAAUAUCCCCGAUUUCGAGUUGCGACACCCAGACAACCGCAAACGCGCCUGGGAUGUGCACUUGGACAUUGUUCGCAAGUCGACCCGUUGGAUCGACUGGCGGAUUCACAAGACCGGUAAUAAGCAUAGACUUGUUCUCCCUGAUUUGGUACGUCUCGAGCAGAUUGAUAGCCUUCUCAACUUCUUUUAUACUGGCGACUAUUCCGUUGAUGAAGCCGACUUAAACCAUUACUCUGUUAGGGCCUGCCCUGGUGGCUGCGUGACUUGUCCUCAGAUUUGUCAGCUCUUGCGCAUUCACUUGUCGAUGUUUCAAACUGCUCUUCUUCUUAGAAUUACUGACCUCCAGGCUAUUGCUUUCCGCAGAUUCCGGGAUCUCAUGGAUGCCGCUCCUUCUUUCGUUCUACAGUAUGCUGUUCACGCAGUAUAUAGUAGGAAGCCUAUCCCCGACGGGAGUAACAACUUUCAAAUUACUGGCUUGAAAUGCGUCUCGGACUAUCGUCCUGAGCUGGUCCUUCCUGCAGUUCUUAGGUACUGUGGGUAUUACCGGAUGAAUCCACAGCAGAUUACAAGACACGGGAAGAAAGUGAGGGUUUUUGGUGAGGCAGAGUUCGCUGAGCUACGCAAAAAGAGCCCCAAGUUUAGUGGGGACCUGGCCCUAGGGAUUUGGCUAGACACUAUUGACAUCACAGUGCCGACGAUCCAAUUCCCGGGCUCAGAGCCCAUCAGGUCCAUGCAUCCCUAUAUGCAGAUAUCACUCCCGCCACAGGCCGUAGACCACAAACGCUCGAACUAUCAGUAUGUUACUUACUUACAGCCAUUGCCUUUCGAAGAUUUCGUUGUCCAGAAACCUUAUAACACACCUACAUGGAUGUCAUCUCCUGGGACCAGCUUUACUGGGUCUUUCACCACCCCUCCGACUUCAUCACAACGCACACAGACUCGGGCCUCGUUCAACCAAGGGAGCCAGGCGUCAGUGCAACAGACCCCAGACUUCCCACAAUUAGACCCUGAGCAGACAGAGGACUCCAGCUUCCUUGAGAACGCUCUAAUGGAACCCACUAUGGAUCAAACCAACGCACAACUACCUCAAGAAUGUUCUACCGGCUCAGCAGAUAUGAAUAAUCUUGACUGGAUACACACGAUAGACUGGAGCGGAGUGGAUCUACCAGAGAUUGACUUCAGCGUACUUUUGAAUGACGAUACCAUGGGUGAGCCAGCUGCAAAUGCAUCGGAAUUGACACAAACGGUGAACUGGACCGAAGAGGACUUGGCUAAUGUGGACUUUACCCAGCUUUUGAACGACGACACCUUGAAACUGGAGGAUCUGGCCAAUGUAGACUUUCUCCCUGGUCUGAAUCACAACACUGGAGAAAUGAAGUUUGUUGAACCAUCUUCUCUAGAUCUGCGCAUGGAUAUGAACAUGGACAUCGAUCUAUCAGAACGAAACACUAUUGAUCUACCGGAGAUGAACUCGUUUGACAUGGCGGGCCUACCUCAUAUAGACGCUUCCGGGCUGUCUUGGGAUGAUUGUAUCGACGGUGGAUUCUUCAAUCAAUCCCAGCAAUUGGACCCGUUCUUCUCUUUUGGAAUGGAUUCACAUGUCAAUGUGCCCCAAGAGAUUACUUUUCUUCCAGAACCACUGAGCUCACAACCGAUAGGUACAUACUAUACCCCCUCCAGGCCCGGGAAACAACCAAUCCGGACCACAACCCUCCCUGCACUGACCCCAGCUGAUGAAAAGGCAAUCCAGUCUGCAGUUUCUGCCAAACGCAAAUCUCGUGCAUCAACUUCGCGUCCGCGCCAAGACUCUACUCAAACCCGAUAUAAUCUGAGGAGUCGUCCCAGUGUUAUUGGUUUCCGUAAGACACUUUAG